AAUUAAUAAAUCAAAAAGGAGAGAAAGGAAAGGGAGAACCUAAGCUGUCAAAAUAAAAAACACACAGAGAGAGAGAAAGGGAAAACGGAGAAGAGGAGGGAGGAGCUCGCCGCCGUGGAGUGAGGUCACGUCGCUAUCAGAUCUGAAGUCGCUGAGGAGCCGAACGCCGUCGAAGCUGCACCGUCGCGUCACCGUCGCUGUGACUCCGCCGAACCCGUCACACCCAGCCGUGUCUUGUUUGCCGUCGUGCCAUCCACCCACGCCGAGAAGGAAGAGAGAAACAGAGGAGAGUGGCGUCGCGCCUGCUGCGAGCUCGCCGCCGAGGGAAGCCGCCGUCGCCAUCGUCGUCCUCAUCAUGACCUGUCACCAUCGCUGGAGCCAGCCGCCUUCGUCGCCGUUCAUCCUUGUCGUCGCCGUCGCCGCUGGUCUGCCUUGGAGCCGCCGCUGAGUAGAUCGCGAGAAAGAGGAGUUCUCGUCACUGUUGUGCACCCAGUCAUCGCUGCUGCUUCCAAUCCUGCCGUUGAUGCUGCCGCCACUGCCACAACCACCCUUGAGCUGCUGCGCUGCUGUUGACCUGUUGAACCACCACCCGAGCUACUGUUGGCUUGCCGCUGCUGUUUGUUGAGUUCAAGAUCGCUGCUGCUGUGCUUGCUCUGUUCUGCCUCUGCUUCUAGUUUCGUAGUUGCUGGAGCCUUUGCCGCGGGGAACCAACGCUGGAGCUGUCGUAUUAGGUGACUUUCCUGAGUUCAACUUUGAGGUUCAAUAUUGUUGGUCAGUGGGCAGUGACAACAAUUAUAGAUUUUUCACUAGCACAACUGAUUCAGACAAAUUCAAAGAACUGGACAUAGUUAUAGAUGAAAAGUGGAAUUAAUUAUAGCUUCAGAGGGAGGCCUAUUUCCCUAGCUCUGGCUGCUUGUUUUCUUUUUACCAUAUUACUUUGGACAUGGGAGAGUAAUCCAAUAGCUGCGACUUUAAGGUCAGCUCAAGAAUGGUACCUCAUGCCUUCAGAAUUUCCUACAGAAGUCCGAAUUGAUUCAACAGGAACUCAAAAGCUGGAAGAAAGUGAGGAAAAAUCCUCAACUCCAAUCACGAAAAAUGGAACCAUCCCAAAUGCAAAUACUGUGGAUUCAGAAGCUGUAGGAUCUUUUCCUGCAAAAUCUCUAGAAAUUCAGUACAAUCAAGAUGUUAGAUCUCCCAGCAGUGAAGAUUGUAAUUAUGCCAAGGGCAGGUGGGUUGCAGAGAGUAGGAGACCACUUUAUUCUGGAUUUGGCUGUAAGCAGUGGUUAUCCUCCAUGUGGUCAUGUAGAAUGACACAACGGCCAGAUUUCUCAUAUGAGGGCUACCGCUGGCAGCCAGUAAAUUGUGAUAUGCCAGAAUUUGACAGCUCUUCCUUCUUGAGAAAGAUGAAGGACAAAACGAUUGCAUUCAUAGGAGAUUCGCUGGGCCGGCAACAAUUUCAAUCUCUGAUGUGUAUGGUCACUGGUGGACAAGAAAACCCUGAGGUUCAAAAUGUUGGAUGGGAAUAUGGUCUAGUAAAACCCCGUGGGGCUAUUCGUCCUGAUGGCUGGGCUUACAGGUUUCCGAAGACCAAUACCACAAUCUUAUAUUACUGGUCAGCUAGCUUAUGUGAUCUGGUUCCCCUUAAUGUCUUGGACAAACUUUCCGAUGUUGCCAUGCACUUGGAUCGGCCACCAGCUUUCAUGAGACGAUUCCUUGAUCGCUUUGAUGUUUUGGUUCUUAAUACAGGACACCAUUGGAACCGGGGGAAACUUACUGCAAACAGGUGGGUAAUGCAUGUUGAUGGAAAGCCCAAUGAAGACAAAAGGAUUGCAGAGAUUCCCAAUGCCAAAAACUUGACAAUCCACAAUGUUGUCAGAUGGCUUGAUUCGCAACUUGUCUCACACCCUCGACUUAAAGCUUUCUUCAGGACUAUAUCACCAAGGCAUUUCUACAACGGGGAUUGGAACACUGGUGGCAGUUGCGAUAACACUAUCCCGUUUACUAAUGGCAGUGAGGUCACACAAGAGGGAUCUAUGGAUCAAACUAUUGAGAGUGCACUAAAGGGAACCAAGAUCAAGAUACUGGAUAUAACAGCCCUUUCGCAAUUGAGGGAUGAGGCUCACAUGUCACGCUACACUGCUAGAGGAAUUCAAAACACAAGUGACUGUUUGCAUUGGUGUUUACCUGGUAUUCCGGAUACCUGGAAUGAACUCCUUGUUGCUCAGAUAUAGGUUCUGGCACAGUUUAGUUACAUCUUCCACUCUUAUAACCUGUCAAAAAAAGUGAAGAACAAAAGAAAAUACAUAGGCUGACAUGUGUUAGUAAGAUGUUUGGCCUUGGGGAAUCAAAUCUGUCAAUUCUUUAUGGUCUAGGGAGACCAGUUUUUGUUUUCAGUCAAAUAUAUUUUAUGUAUUAUUACGUUGGCACUGAAUAAGAACAUGGGAGUUAAUAUAAUUUCAUUCUGUCCCAUAUCAGUGCCAAAAAACUAGGAUUAUGCUUUUAACAGAGGAUACUAAGCAGCAGAACUAAAACCAGGCACGAGCUAAGUACUUAUUGAAUAACGCAGGAAAUAGAAAUAUUGGGUAACCAAAUUUUCUGGUUACUAAAUUUAAUAAAGUC